CAGCUAUUGGUUGCAUGCUGCCUCACGUGACUAUGUCGGCUCUGGGCAAUUUCAGUCGCCGCUGUCACAAAGCUCAGAAGCAAGGCAAGGCGUAUAGUCGCACGGGUCGCUGGAAGAGUGCGUGAGCAAGUCGUAGAAAUAGCGGCAAUUCAAAGUAAUUGUUUAUUUCUCCAAGUUAGAGACUUUCGUGUGACAAUUUGGCUUGUGCGCGCCACCCCGGUAUUGGGUUUGGGAGUUAUGGAUAAGAAAAACGCCGUGGCCGAAUCCACUUUCACAGCCCUCAACUCAUCCGUGUUUUGUUGAGCUCUGUUUUCCACUCUGGUUUGACUUCAACGCACGAGGAAAACCUUUGGCUCCACAAGGAGCCACUGCUGGCCCAUAUCAGUAUGGUGAACAGCCAAGUACCAGGCUUUGCGCCGGCCCCGAGGUCAUGUGCAGGAUGUGGGGGGAAGAUCGCUGACCGUUUCCUGCUCUUCUCCAUGGAGCGUUAUUGGCACACUCGCUGCCUCAAGUGCUCCUGCUGCCAAGCCCAGCUGGGUGACAUUGGCUCCACCUGCUACAGCAAAGGGGGCAUGAUUCUGUGUCGCAGUGACUACAUCAGACUGUUUGGGCACAGUGGUGCGUGCAGUUCCUGUGGCCAGUCCAUCCCAGCCAAUGAGAUGGUGAUGAGGGCACAAGGAAACGUUUACCACCUCAAGUGUUUCAGCUGUGCCACGUGCAGGAACAGACUGAUGCCCGGAGAUCGCUUCCAUUACAUGAACGGUACCAUUUUCUGUGAGCAUGACAGACCUGGUGCUGCCCUGCUCAAUAGCCACCUGCCACAGUUUCAGAGUAACUCAGUACUGACAGAUCAGAAGGUGUGCUGAGUGGAAUGUGUGCCGAACCUUUAAUUCUUCCCCCCUGCCACUCUUGCUAUUGCUGUGAGUUCUGUUCACCAUCAACGCAUCCCUUCCAGCUCUUUUGCAGAGAAAUCCUGUCCCAUUGUCAUCUCACAAUUUAUGUUGUGUGCUGCUAGGGAUUUUGGGCCCUGUUUAUAAAAUAAAAAAAAAAAAAAAAAACACACACACACACACUUCAAGGCCCUACCAAAAUGGCACAUUGAAAAUACCAUUUUCUAAGGAACUGAUCAGCCAUGUGGCCUCCUCACUUUUCUGCUUUAUGUUGCCCCUGGUGUUCAGUAUAAAGUGGCAGAUGCUUACAUUCUGUGUGGACUGCUGUAGCAGAGACUCCUCUGGACUCUGGAGUAAGCCAGAAGAUAACAAUUGUCAUCAAUUUGAGGAUGAAGUGAAGGAUGCUUGAAUGAGAGUUUAAUGGACUGCUGUAAUAUGAAUGUCAACAUCUUGUGCCGAGUGGAGUUAUUUUCCCCAUGUGUCAGUGUUUUGAGUGAACUCUGAUCAGUCUUUUAUACUGUCUAUCUCAGAUCUUGUACUCCAAGUUUGGAAUUAUAAAAUUCGAUGGGUGUCAGGCAAAAAGUGUAUACAGUAUUUCAGUCCUGAGAAAUCCAUGCAUUCCCCCAAAACUGCUGUUUCAAAAUAAAUGCUACCAAUGUUUAAAGCAGUACUGAAAAGAGGAGGUUUUUUAUUUUUUUUGGUCAAUGCCUUCAAUUUUCAUCAUGAAUUGUAUUCUUCAUCAGGUUCCUGGUUUAUGUGUUAAAGCAAAUAAUUAUUUUAUUGAGAAAAAUCCAAUUAAAAUGAUUUUCUUGUAUUAGUUGGCAGCACAGGAGUUGUUCUGUAUUUCCUGGUGCCUAGUGUGGUGGCUGUAGUGGUCUCUCUCACUCCUAUUCGCGCUGUAUGGUUAAAACAUGGCUGAUUACCCUGGGGAAUGGAAUUAGGGGGCUUGAGCUCUGACCAUUUACAGAAGCAAUUAAACAUGAUCCCUGAGUAUCUGUACUGCUGGAGCUCCUCGGAGGCUGAACUUGGGGCACAUCCUGUGGCUGACUGUCUGCUGCUAAUAA